CUUUUGAGGCCUGGGACCGAGCAGAGGAGGAGGAUAGGAACUUUCUCCGCAGCCCUGUUAUGAGCCGGACCCUCUGUAACGGGCGUGUUGCCAGGUCGUCCGCCGGGCAGCGGCCACUCCUCUCCCGCCUGUCAGCCCCGCAGUCGUCAAGGGCGGUGCCCUGGGCCUGGUGAGCCAUUUCCCCUGAGUAGAAGGCGGUCCCAAGUGCGGCCGUCAGCCGUGGUCACCCGGGCAGCGCAGGGCACAGGUGGAGGUGAGGCGAGCCGCGUGGGUGCUAGCCUCCCCCAGUCCUGCGCGACCCACAACGUUUCGCCAUGGCGGCGGCAGCGUCCCUGGCAGACCAGACGCAGGUGUCUGUGACAUUUGAUGAUGUGGCUGUGACUUUCACCCAGGAGGAGUGGGGGCAACUGAACCCAGCUCAGCGGACCCUGUACCGGGAGGUGAUGCUGGAAAACUGCGGGCUUCUGGUCUCUCUAGGGUGUCCUGUUCCCAGAGCUGAGCUGAUCUACCACCUGGAACAUGGGCAGGAGGUAUGGACAGUGAAGAAAGACCUUUCCCAAAGCAUCUGUCCAGGUGACAAAGGAAAACCGAAGAACACAGAACCUACCACUUGUGAGCCAGCCUUGUCCAAGGGAGUCUCACUCCAGGGACAGCUAACACAAGGAGCCUCAAGGGACUCCCAGUGGGGGCAAGCCAAGGAUCAGGAUGAGCCAUCUGAUAUGCAGGGACACUUGAGACCAGGGAUAGGUCCCCAGAAGGAGAAGUUCCCUGGGAAAAGGAGCCCUGAACAUGGUGGUUUAGGGACAGCUGAGGAUGUGUGUUCAAGUAUUAUACAGGAGCAGGUCUCUUCAGAAGAUAUAGUCCAUAGCCAUAACUCACGUGGAUCAGGUCAAGAUCCCAUGAUUCAGGAAGAGGAAAAUAUCUUCAAGUGCAAUGAGUGUGGGAAAGUUUUUAACAAAAAACACCUCCUCUCAGGACAUGAGAAAAUUCACUCUGGAGUUAAGCCCUAUGAAUGCACAGAGUGUGGGAAAACCUUUAUUAAGAGCACACAUCUCCUUCAACACCACAUGAUUCACACUGGGGAGAGGCCCUAUGAGUGUGCGGAGUGUGGGAAAGCCUUCAACCGCAAGUCAUACCUUACACAGCACCAGCGGAUUCACAGUGGAGAGAAGCCUUAUAAGUGCAAUGAAUGUGGAAAGGCCUUCACCCACCGCUCCAAUUUUGUCUUGCAUAAGAGGAGACACACUGGAGAAAAAUCCUUUGUAUGCACAGAAUGUGGGCAAGUGUUUCGACAUAGGCCAGGUUUCCUUCGACACUAUGUCGUUCAUGGUGGGGAGAAUCCCUAUGAAUGCUUGGAGUGUGGCAAGGUCUUCAAACACAGGUCAUACCUCAUGUGGCACCAGCAGACUCACACAGGGGAGAAGCCCUAUGAAUGCAGUGAAUGUGGGAAAGUCUUCUUAGAGAGUGCAGCCCUGAUUCACCACUACGUCAUCCACACCGGGGAGAAGCCCUUUGAGUGCCUCGAGUGUGGGAAGGCCUUCAACCACAGGUCAUACCUCAAGAGGCACCAGCGGAUUCAUACUGGGGAGAAGCCUUUUGUGUGCAGUGAAUGUGGUAAGGCCUUCACUCACUGCUCUACUUUUAUCCUGCAUAAAAGGGCUCAUACUGGAGAAAAACCUUUUCAGUGCAAGGAAUGUGGGAAAGCCUUUAGCAAUCGGAAAGACCUAAUUCGACACUUCAGCAUCCACACUGGAGAGAAGCCCUAUGAGUGUGUGGAGUGUGGGAAGGCCUUCACCCGCAUGUCAGGUCUCACAAGGCACAAACGGAUUCAUAGCGGAGAGAAGCCUUAUGAAUGUGUUGAGUGUGGGAAAUCCUUUUGCUGGAGCACAAACCUCAUUCGACAUGCCAUUAUCCACACUGGAGAGAAGCCCUAUAAAUGCAGUGAAUGUGGAAAGGCCUUCAGUCGCAGCUCAUCGCUCACUCAGCAUCAAAGGAUGCAUACUGGGAGAAACCCUAUUAGUGUAACAGAUGUGGGAAGACCUUUCUCAAGUGGGCAAACUUCAGUUACCCUCCGAGAACUCCUUUUGGGGAAAGAUUUUUUGAAUGUAACCACCGAGGAAAAUCUUUUGCCAGAGAAAACAUCAUCUUCGACAUCUGAUCCUCCAUACCAAAGAGAAACCCCACAAGUGUCUUCACUGCGGCGCCUCACAAUUGAUGACUUUGAAAUCGGGCGUCCUCUGGGCAAGGGGAAAUUUGGGAAUGUGUAUCUGGCACGACUCAAAGAAAGCCGUUUCAUUGUGGCCCUGAAGGUCCUCUUCAAGUCCCAGAUAGAAAAGGAAGGACUGGAGCACCAGCUGCGCAGGGAAAUUGAAAUCCAGGCGCAUCUACAACACCCCAAUAUCCUACGCCUGUACAACUACUUCCAUGAUGCUCGCCGGGUAUACCUGAUUCUGGAAUAUGCUCCAAGGGGUGAACUCUACAAGGAACUGCAGAAAAGCCACAAACUAGAUGAGCAGCGUACAGCCACGAUAAUGGAGGAGUUGGCAGAUGCUCUGACCUACUGCCAUGACAACAAGGUGAUUCACAGAGAUAUUAAGCCAGAGAAUCUGCUGCUGGGAUUCAGGGGUGAGGUGAAGAUUGCUGACUUUGGCUGGUCUGUCCAUACCCCCUCUCUGAGGAGAAAGACAAUGUGCGGGACUCUGGACUACUUGCCCCCAGAAAUGAUCGAGGGGAGAACAUAUGAUGAGAAAGUGGAUCUGUGGUGCAUUGGGGUGCUCUGCUAUGAGCUGCUGGUGGGAAAUCCGCCCUUUGAGAGCACCUCUCACAAUGAGACCUACAGACGCAUUCUCAAGGUGGAUGUGAAGUUUCCCCUAUCAAUGCCUGUGGGCGCCAGGGACUUGAUCUCCAAGCUCCUUAGAUACCAGCCCUUGGAGCGGCUGCCCCUGGCUCAGAUCCUGGAGCACCCCUGGGUCCAGGCCCACUCCCGGAGGAGGAAAAACUACAUUACCCAGAAGGCAUUGCCCCGUGCGCCUGCGGCAGGCGCUGGGCCAAUGACGUACCGCAACAGGGGCGUUUCCUGCGGGCCGUGGAGCUGGGAGAGGUACUUCCGGCCCAUUGAUGAAAUGAGCAGGAAGGCGGCUAAGACUGACCUCCGCGUCUUGGAACGAGCCGUAAGCCUCCCCGUGACGAGGCAGUGCGGCAGUCAGCCAAGGUCACUCCGGCCAGGGCAGGGAAAAGCUGAGGGUCGGCUGAGCCCACGGGAAUCGCCCUGGUCGCAACAUUUUCCAUCCCCGCUCGAUCCACAGUGUCCUAGGAUGGCGGCUGCGUUGAUAGAUCCGGCGCAGGUGUCCGUAACAUUUGAUGAUGUGGCCGUGACUUUCACCCAGGAGGAGUGGGGACAGCUGGACCCCGCUCAGCGGACCCUGUACCAGGAGGUGAUGCUGGAAAACUGCGGGCUCCUGGUCUCUCUGGGGUGUCCUGUUCCCAGACCCGAGCUGAUCUCCCACCUGGAACAUGGGCAGGAGCUAUGGACAAUAAAGAAUGACCUUUCCCAAAUCACCUAUCCAGGUGAUAAAGGAAAACCCAACAACACAGAACCUGCCACUUGUGAGCCAGCCUUGUCUGCAGGAGUCUCACUCCAUGGACAACAAAUGAAAGGAGCCUCAGGGGACUCCCAGUUGGGGCAAGGCAAGGAUCGAGAUGGGCCAUCCAGAAUGCAGGAAGAACACUUGAAACCAGAGAUAGAUUCCCAGCAGGAGAAGCUUUCUGGGAAAAGGAGCCCUGAACACAAUGGUUUAGGGACAGAUGAGGAUGUGUUUUCAAGGAUUGUACAGGAGCAAGUUACUCCAGGAGAUGCAGUCCAUAGCCAUAACUCAUGUGGAUCAGGUCAAGAUCCCGGGAUUCAGGAAGAGGAAAAUAUCUUUAAAUGCAAUGAAUGUGGGAAAGUUUUUAACAAGAAACGCCUCCUUGCUCGACACGAGAGGAUUCACUCUGGAGUGAAACCCUAUGAGUGCACAGAGUGUGGGAAAACCUUCAGCAAGAGCACAUACCUCCUUCAACAUCAUAUGGUCCACACUGGGGAGAAGCCCUAUAAAUGCAUGGAGUGUGGGAAAGCCUUCAACCGCAAGUCACACCUUACACAGCACCAGCGGAUUCACAGUGGAGAGAAGCCUUAUAAGUGCAGUGAAUGUGGAAAGGCCUUCACCCACCGUUCUACUUUUGUCUUGCAUAACAGGAGUCACACUGGAGAAAAACCCUUUGUGUGCAAAGAAUGUGGCAAAGCCUUUCGAGAUAGGCCAGGUUUCAUUCGACACUAUAUCAUCCACAGUGGGGAGAAUCCCUAUGAAUGCUUUGAGUGUGGCAAGGUCUUCAAACACAGGUCAUACCUCAUGUGGCACCAGCAGACUCACACAGGGGAGAAGCCCUACGAGUGCAGUGAAUGUGGGAAAGCCUUUUGUGAGAGUGCAGCCCUGAUUCACCACUACGUCAUCCACACCGGGGAGAAGCCCUUUGAGUGCCUCGAGUGUGGGAAGGCCUUCAACCACAGGUCAUACCUCAAGAGGCACCAGCGGAUUCACACUGGAGAGAAACCUUAUGUGUGCGGUGAAUGUGGAAAGGCCUUCACUCACUGCUCUACUUUUAUCCUGCAUAAAAGGGCUCAUACUGGAGAAAAACCUUUUGAGUGCAAGGAAUGUGGGAAAGCCUUUAGCAAUAGGGCAGACCUCAUACGACACUUCAGCAUCCACACUGGAGAGAAGCCCUACGAGUGUACGGAGUGUGGGAAGGCCUUCAACCGCCGGUCAGGACUCACAAGGCACCAGAGGAUUCAUAGUGGAGAGAAGCCCUAUGAAUGCAUUGAGUGUGGGAAAACGUUUUGCUGGAGCACAAACCUUAUUCGACACUCCAUCAUUCACACUGGAGAGAAGCCCUAUGAGUGCAGUGAAUGUGGAAAGGCCUUCAGUCGCAGCUCAUCGCUCACUCAGCAUCAAAGGAUGCAUACUGGGAGAAACCCUAUUAGUGUAACAGAUGUGGGAAGACCUUUCUCGAGUGGGCAAACCUCAGUCAACCUCCAAGAACUUCUAUUGGGGAAAGACUUUUUGAAUGUAACCACUGAGGAAAAUCUUUUGCAGGAAGAGACAUCUUAUGUGGCAUCUGAUCAUUCAUACCAAAGGGAAACCCCACAAGUGUCUUCACUGUGAGCAAAACCUGUUGCAGAAUAUCACUUGUCACCUAACGAGUCAUAUUGGAAUUUCACCCAGCUUAGAGUCUUAUUGUGCAUCUGAGAAUUCAUCCAUGGAGAGACCCAGUGGUUAUUGUACACUUAGGAAAACCUUUACUUACAUCUUUCUCUUUAGUUUACAGUGCAGUGGUUAUCUCAGGAAUUUUUAUAAAAAGGAGGUGAUAUGUAGAAGAGGAAAGAAAACAAAAUGUAAGCACUGCUUCUUUCAUAUUACUUGGCCAACUCUAUGGCACUUGGCCAUGGAUUUCUUAAUUUGGGUGGAGGCCAUUGUUGUUUAGUAGUUAAAGGGUCAUGACCCUUUAUGUGUCUUUGUUUUUUUCUUUUUCCUUUAUGUGUCUUAUA